AUGACUACACCGCACGAAGAAAACCAAUACCUCGAUCUCAUUCGUGAGAUCCUCGAUCACGGCGAGCGCCGACCAGAUCGAACAGGCACAGGAACCCUAUCGAUCUUCGCGCCACGACCAUUCAAAUUCCAACUCAACGAUAACGGACGCCCGAUCUUGCCUCUCCUCACAACGAAACGUGUCUUUCUCCGCGCCGUCAUCGCCGAACUCCUCUGGUUCAUCGAGGGUAACACAUCAUCCAUCGCGCUCAACGAAGUCGGCGUAAAGAUCUGGGACGGCAAUGGCUCUCGCGAAUUCCUCGACAAUCUAGGUCUGACUCACCGUGAAGUUGGCGACUUGGGCCCCGUCUAUGGUUUCCAAUGGCGCCAUUUCGGUGCGGAAUAUAAAGACGCAAAAGCCGAUUAUACGGGAGAAGGUGUUGAUCAGAUUGCCGACAUUAUACACAAGCUGCGCAACAAUCCGUAUGAUCGCCGGAUGAUUCUCACGGCCUGGAAUCCGAAGGAUCUGAAGUUGAUGGUUUUGCCGCCUUGUCAUAUGUUUGCGCAGUUUUAUGUCUCGUUUCCGGGACAGGGACUUGCGGAAACUACAUCUGAAAACAAACCGAAAGGUCAUCUUCAUUGUCAAUUAUAUCAACGGUCUUGCGAUAUGGGUCUCGGGGUACCGUUCAAUAUUGCCAGUUAUGCUCUACUUACGCAUAUGCUGGCUCAUGUUUGUGAUCUUGUCCCCGGCAGCCUUACGCAUGUCAUGGGAGACGCGCACGUCUACCUUGAUCACGUCGAUGCACUCAAGGUGCAAUUGGAGCGUGAGCCACGACCAUUCCCAGAGUUGGAAAUCACUCGUGAAAAGGGUGCAAGUAUAGAUGGUUGGAAGGCAGAGGAGUUUGUGGUCAAGGGAUACGACCCUCACAAAGCUAUUGCCAUGAAUAUGUCCGUUUAG